GGGUGGGAGGAAAAGAACAGAAGGAGAGAGAGACAGACAGAGAGAAGAGAAAGAAAACAGGAGAAAUUCUAGAGAGAGACAGAGAGAGAUCUUCAAGGUGGGCAGAAGUUAUCGGGUUAAAAAAAAAAAGAUGUCGGACCAAGAGAUAUCCCAAGCUCUCCACUCCCUCCUCCACGACUAUUCCACUUCCCAGUCCCAAUCCUCCGCCGCCCCUCUCACCUCCAUGACCGCCGUCGUCCACCACCUCGAGUCCAAACUCGGCGUCGACCUCUCCCCCAAGGUCGACUUCAUCCGAUCUCAGCUUCAGCAGUUCCUCUUCCAGCCACCGCCGCCGCAGCAGCAGCAGCAGCAGCCGCCGCCGCAGCACCAGCAGCAGCCGCAACCCUUUCCUCCUCCGCAAUCUUACAAAGACCGUUAUGCCCCCCACCAAACCCCCAACUUCCUGCUAUCUUCCGGCUACCCUCCGCCGCACCAAACCCCCAAUUUCUUGCUCUCUCCCGGCUACCCUUCUUCUCAUUCUCACCCGCAGCAGCCACCGCAGCACCACCACCACCACCAGCAAUUUCCUCCUCCGCCUUCUUACAAAGACCAUUAUGCCCCUCACCAAACCCCCAACUUUCUCCUCUCCUCCGGCUACUCUCCUUCUCCCUCCCCUGGCUCCGUCCUCUCUCCUCGCGCCGUCAGGCUGGAGUCCUCUGCACCUGCUGCUGCUCCUCCCCUCGAGUCCCCCAAGGAGAGUAGUAAGGGUAAGAGGAAAGGCGGUGCAGGUGGGUUGAACAAGCUCUGCGGCGUCUCACCGGAGCUUCAAGUUGUAGUCGGCCAUCCUGCUCUUCCCAGGACUGAGAUUGUUAAGCAGUUAUGGGUAUACAUAAGAAAGCACAACCUCCAAGACCCGAGCAACAAAAGGAAGAUUAUCUGUGAUGAUGCACUGCGUGUGGUGUUUGAGACCGACUGUACUGAUAUGUUCAAGAUGAACAAGUUGCUCUCUAAACAUAUCCUUCGUCUUGAUCCCGCGAAAGAGGCUAGUGCUAAGAAGCAAAAAGUAGAGGAUGAUGAAGAACUGGAAUCUGAAAGCACACAGGCUCCUCCUGCUCUUGCUGUUUCCCCUGCCCCUGCUCCUGCUUCUGCUCCUUCUGCAGCGAUAGAGGAUGAAGAAAAGGAGUCUCAAGACACACAGGAUGCUCCUGCUCCAGCUCCAGCUCCAGCUCCUGCUCCUUCUGUGGGGAUAUCUGAAGAACUUGCGAACUUUUUCGGUGUUGGGGAGAGGGUGAUGCUCCAGUCGGAGCUUUUCACUCGCCUUUGGGAAUACAUCAAUGCAAAUAAUUUGGAGGAUCUUGUUAACCCAACAGUGAUUGUAUGCGACUCGAAGCUUCAAGAGCUCUUUGGUUGUCAAAGUUUCCCAGCUGCAAAGCUAAUGGAGGUUCUAGCCCGCCAGCAUAUAUUUAGGGCUUAAUUAUGUGCGAAUGGCUGUUUGCUUGCUGCUAACUUAAUGGCUGGUUAGUUGAUGGUAGUCUAGAUAUUAAUCAUUAGACACUCCCUCCACCUUCCUUAACCACGGUGACUGACGGUUAACCUUCUGUGGAUAUAGUUAGCUGUUUAUUCAUCCCUUUGCAAAGAUGGAAAUACUAAUCUGAAGCUUGGGAGGAUAUCUCCUCUCAUCUUAGUGUUGUUAUUUGGGUUUCUUUGAUCAUGCAAGGCAGUUGGCUGGCAGAUGAUUUGUAUCUAGGUAGUUUCUUUUGUCUUGUUGGAGCCUGCUGCUAUGACUCCUUGCUUUUGUUCGUUUGUGGAUUGGGAAUGUCAACUCUAGCUAGAUGUUUUACUCAAAAACUAAUGUACUUCAAUCUCAGCAAAACAGUUAUUCG